GUAAGCCGACAACACGUUUGGUCGAAACGGGUUUGAAUAGCCACGUGAGAAUUGCGUUCCCAUGACUGCGAGACACCCGGCGUUACGAUUCGCGCGAUUAGAGUGACUUCUAGGUCUCAAAAAAUCAAAUUUGUCACCCAACUCCCCUAUUCUUUUCGUUUCUUGGCGGCCCUUUCCCAGUUUUCAGCAUUACACAAUCAGAAUUCAAAGAACGGAUUUUCCUAACCUGAACCCAAACCCAGAAUCGAGAAGGGAUUGGUAAAGCUUUCGCUUUUGAGAAAAAAAAAAUGAGCCUCAGAAAUGGGUUCAAGGCCCGGCGAUCUCUGUACCAUUUAUGGAAGGAAUCCUCCGCCGGAGAUUCCGUCGGAGCGUUGAAGAUUCGGGCCCAUCACUGCCACCGGCAAGCUAAAGUGUAUUCUCGGUUCCCUCAAUCCAUUUUCAAAAAGGCCAAGGAGAUUGAGCUCUCGGUUCCCAGCAUAAUUUCUCUGCCGUUCUCCUCCCGGAGUAGCUCCGCCGCCGCCGCGGCGGCGGCGAAGGCUGGAUUGGUCGGGUGGUACUUAGAAUUGUUGAAGACUCGGCCUAUUCUCACCAAGAGCCUCACCUGUGCUGUUAUCUACACCGCCGCCGAUUUGUCAUCUCAGACACUUUCAGGUUUAUCAUUAGAGCAGUAUGAUCUUGUAAGGACACUUCGAAUGGCAGGUUAUGGGAUGGUGAUUUUAGGGCCUUCUCUGCAUUUUUGGUUCAAUUUUGUUUCAAUGGCUUUUCCAAAGCGCGAUAUUAGAUCAACAUUGACAAAGAUGGCUUUGGGGCAGACUGUAUAUGGACCUAUCAUGACUGUUGUUUUCUUCUCUGUAAAUGCUGCUUUUCAAGGUGAAAAUGGUGGGGAGAUUCUUGCCAGACUAAAGCGGGAUGUGAUUCCCACGAUGAAAAGCGGGGUUAUGUUCUGGCCAAUGUGUGAUUUCAUCACAUUCAGAUUCAUCCCCGUCCAUCUACAGCCACUUGUUAGCAACUCGUUUUCAUAUAUAUGGAAUGUGUACCUGACUUAUAUGGCGAGCAAAGAGAAGGUAGCCCAGCAUGAUCCUGCUGAAUGCUGUUAAUAGUAGUCAUCGGAAUUCUUUUUUCCUCUUUCUCUUGGGCUGCCUGCUCUAAGGCAUUUUGGAAGUGGAAUUGUUAGUGACACAUUGCAUUGAUAGUUGAUGCCAGCAGACGCAACGCUCUAGCCUAGAACAGCUACUAGGAUACUUAGAUACCCGAUAUAAUGCAGAUCCAAUCUAUGGAGCAAGAGAAAAACAUUUUUGUAUUUUGUAUUCUUUUUCAUACCUGAUCAAGGAACUUGACAAACUGAGGCCCUUUCCUUUAGUUAACUUUUGAUCUGAAUUUCUAUUGUACCAUUUUCUUGCUGUUGCAAGCUCUCCAUUUGAUGUUAA